AUGCUGGACAUUGCCCGCCUGCCCGCCCUGGGCGCCCUGCUGCGCGCCUUCAUGCGCUUCUCACUCAACGGGGACCGCUCUGCCUGGGACCGCGCCGCACAGCUGCCACACUACAACGCGCGCGCCAUGCCCGCGGUGUCGUUCCACCAGGGGCUGCACUUUGUGCAGCUCUGGAGCAGCGGGCGGUUCAGGCUGUACGACUAUGGCUCGCGCGCAGCAAACCUCGCGCACUAUGGCCACCCACACCCGCCGGACAUUGCGUCAGAGUACUGGCGCCUCGACAUGCCGGUGGACAUCUGCGCGGGCGUCCACGACGGCAUCAUCCCGCCGUCCAACGUGCAGCGCCACGUCAGCGCCAUGAGGGGCGCGGGGGUGGACGUCACGUACCGCGAGUUUGAGUACGGGCACCUGGACUUCACCUUCAAUACGCGUGACGAGCUGCGCUACUACGUCACCUCACGGCUCAUGAAGAAGACGUGA